AAGCACUCGGAAUCUUCUCCCCGGAGUCGCCUCCACACAAGUUGAGGAGAUAUUGUCCGAGUCAAAGGAGGAUUAAGUAUCACGGAACCGCAUUCGACGAUCCCUGGAUGAGUGGUGUUGGGUUUGCUGUCGGUGGAUGGAAUCUGUCGUCGCGUUUCCACUUCCAGUAUCUACGCAGUAGGAGAAUGUCCGGCCUGCCGGCAGGUAUACUACAGAAUGUCAAGUUUGAUCCAGACAUCCACACUAUUGGGCGAGUCAUAAAAACAAUUGUGAUAAAAUGUGAAGGUGACAGGGAUUGAUGUGAUGGUUGGUUUUUGCCCGAUGGCCACUAAUGGCAGCAUGUAACGCGACGCGACUCGCGACCGCAUAACCCUCUCCC